AUGCGCGCUGCCAGGUACUACGGCAAGGAAGAUAUCCGCGUCGAACUGAUCCCCGAGCCUACCAUUCGUCCAGGCCAGAUUAAGAUUGCCCCGGCUUUUGUUGGCAUUUGCGGCACUGAUCUCCACGAGUAUCUCGGCGGUCCAAACUUCUGCCCCACAACACCACACGGACUUACCGGCGAGACGAUCCCCGUCACGCUCGGCCACGAAUUCUCAGGAACCAUCACGGAAAUCGGCCCUGAUGUCACAGGAUUCGAAAUCGGCCAAAGAUGCGCCGUCCAGCCCACCCUCUUCUGCGGUCAUUGCGUCGCCUGCGACUCCAGCGCUGAGAAUGUCUGCCACACGGGCGGAUUCGUCGGGUUGAGCGGGGGAGGCGGCGGCCUGAGCGAGGCCGUGUGCGUAAAUGCGACGCACGUCUUCCCGCUCCCUGACAAUCUGACAAUGGAAAUGGGAGCUCUCGUCGAGCCGCUUUCUGUUGCUUGGCAUGCCGUGACUGCGGCUCCAGAAAUUAAACCCGACUCGGUGGUCUUGGUGAUCGGAGGUGGUCCGAUCGGAUUGGCCACCAUCUUAUGCCUCAAGGCCAAAGGCGUUACGAACAUCACCGUGUCGGAAGUCGCAGCUUCUCGGCAAAAUUUUGCAGCCCAGUUUGGUGCAUCAACGAUCAUCAACCCUAUCAAGCAAGACGUCAAGCAGGUCAUGCUGGACGCGAGCAAAGGCAGAGGAGCCGACGUUGUUUUUGACUGUGCCGGGGUUCCCGCUAGCAUCAAAAGCGCUUGCGAGGCCGUCAAGACCAAGGGCACGGUAGUCAACGUGGCUAUCUGGGAGAAGGAGAUCCCCUUCAACCCCAACUGGAUAACAUUCAAGGAGAGCACCUACAAGUCAGUUCUUGGCUACCAGAGAGAAGAUUACCAGGCCGUCAUUGAGAAUCUCCGAACAGGCGCUAUCAAGGCAAAUGACAUGAUUACAGCCAAGAUUCGACUCGAAAACAUCGUCGAGGACGGUAUUAAAGCGCUUAUUACGGAUAAGGACAACCACGUAAAGAUUCUUGUUGACAUUAAUGCUAAAUAA